AUGGUUGUGAUCACUUCUGAUAUUGUCAACACGUGUGCAAAGUGGCUGGUCAGCCAAGGCAACAGGCCCCCCCAGGUGAGGUUUGGACCUCCAGCGCAAACAAUGCAGCCCGGGCAAGCCCUGGGUUCCACCAGCCCAGGCAAGCCCAAGGGCAGAUCUUGCCUGGGCUUCAGCCCGAAGGCGCUAACGUCAGUGGUGAUGUUACGCUGA